AUUUAGACGCCAAGCGUGCAACAACGAACGCAACGCAGCUGUGUUUGUGUUUGCCUACUUUAUUUGUUUUGUCAUUUUAUGUUGUUCGAACAUAAUAGUGAUGGAUUGAGUCGGGUUCGGAAAAGAGCAAAGCAUAUAUUUCGAUUAGUAAAUCGAAAAUAUAAUAAUAUACUAUAAAUCUGUUCGAAAUUCCAUUUGAGUUCAGCUAAGCAAAUUAUGAUUUUGUUUCAGCGUCCGUUGGGAAUUUUGGCAUGCUUCUUGAUUUACAUCUGCCUGCCACUCGACCGUCACUGGGUCGAGAGUGUGACCACAGUGAGCAAGACGUCGCCGGAAGUGGAAGUGCCAUCGAAAGCGGAAGCGAAAGUAUUGCAGAUGCCAAAAAUGGGAAAUAUGUCAACGAUGCCGACGAUAACGAGUGAGUUCAAGGCGAGUCGCAUCUACGAAUCCUUUCGCGCUGUACCCAGCACUUCGAUGUCAACUUCGACGUCUACAUCAGCUACUGAUGAGGAGAGGAGCCGUCGCUUCAUGCGACGCUAUGCGAAUGAGACAAGCGCCUUCGGGGCAGUAGGCGCAAGCCGCCUGAUGCGACCUCGCACUGCAUCGGCCGAUAUGCUGAGCAGGAACAUCUCGAGCAUACUCGAGAAUCUGCUGAAGCGCUACGAGCAGUCACAGCUGCCCACCCACGGCCAGGGGCUGCCGACGGUUGUCCGUACGAACAUUCUGAUCCGUAGCAUGGGGCCGGUGUCGGAGCUGGAUAUGGACUAUUCGAUGGACUGCUAUUUUCGGCAGUAUUGGCGCGACAAGCGACUCAGCUUCCAGGGGCCUAUCAAGAGUCUCUCGCUGAGCAUCAAGAUGCUGGACAAGAUCUGGCGACCCGACACCUACUUCUACAAUGGCAAGCACUCGCACAUACACACGAUAACGGUGCCGAACAAGUUGCUGCGCCUCGAUCAGGAUGGGGGCAUUCUCUACUCCAUGCGUUUGACCAUCAAGGCCACCUGUCCCAUGGAGCUGAAGAACUUUCCGAUGGACCGCCAGUCGUGUCCACUUAUCAUUGGCAGCUAUGGCUAUACGAACCAGCAGCUGGUUUACGAGUGGCAGAAUCACGACGAUGCCGUGUCCUUUGUGCCCGGAAUGACACUCAACCAGUUCGACCUAAUCAGCAUGAUGCAUCGCAAUUUCACGUCAACUCGCCGCGAGGGCGAUUUCUCCGUGUUGCACGUCGCCUUCAAUUUGAAGCGCCACACAGGCUACUUUCUCAUCCAGGUUUAUGUGCCUUGCAUUCUGAUUGUGGUACUGUCGUGGGUCUCAUUCUGGAUACAUCGUGAGGCAACCAGCGACCGUGUCGGACUCUGUGUGACAGCAGUGCUCACUCUCUCGACCAUCAGCCUGGACUCACGCACUGAUUUGCCGAAGGUGAAGUAUGCCACAGCUCUGGAUUGGUUUCUGCUGAUGAGCUUUCUCUACUGCAUUGCCACGCUGCUCGAGUUCGCAGGCGUGCAUUAUUUCACCAAGCUAGGCAGCGGCGAGAUUCCGCGCAUCGAUGACGAGUGGGAAGACAUUGGUGCCUUGGGCUUUGGCGCUUCUAGGGAUGAGCCUGCCGAUGCCGAAGAGGCGACGAGCGACGACAGCGAGCCCCCCAACUCCGACAGCGAUGUCUUUGUCUUUGCCGACCACGAUGCUGCCACGAUGAUGCACUGCGACUGCGACUGCGACUGCGAGUUGCCACUGCCCACCGAGCUCAAUGCUCCCGCUAUCGCUGUCGCUGGCAACCGCAACACCUUCAGCUGUCCCAUCUACAAUAACCAGCCACAGAGUGGGGCCAACAUCUUUCCCAAGCUGUCGUCCCACGCCUCGACCAUGGAGCGCACCACACAAACCGAGCCGCCGGUGGUCUCGCGCAUGCAUCAGAUGUGGCUCUGCCUGAAGGGAGACGACAAGUUCCGUCGGCAGCGAGAGCGGGACGCGGCAGCCGAGAAGAGCAAUCAGGGUCGCAGUGGCAGAAGCUAUGUGAACAGCAUCUCGCUGAUCGACCGUGUGGCGCGUGUCGCCUUCCCCAUGACCUUUGCCCUCUUCAAUCUGCUCUACUGGCUGGCGUAUGGCAUGUACAAGAAGGAGUUCUCCUGGUCCAUGAUCAAGGCCUGAGUUGUCCCUCGACACAGCUAUGCUUUAUUCAAUCGUCGUAGUCGUUAGCCAACAUGUUACUUGCACCACAUUCAAGUUAGUUUCAAUUAAAUGCGAUAAAUCGCUCUUCAAACUUAACUGUUUAUAUUUCUGAAUCGAACAUAACUGUCUUCAAUCCUUUACAAACUUCAAUGUAAGAAAAAAUAGCUUUUGUCCCCGCCUCGACUGACCGAAUUAGACAUUUACGCUGCCGCCAAAUAACGUAAAUAACGGCGUGGAAGCGUUUGACGUCAGGGCACUGUGAAAAAUAAAUGCUUCAAAUAAUCUAUGAAAAUAAUUGAUAUAGUUUUGGCUCUCAUCUACCUAAGCCUGCUCAUUUUAAUUUGUAAUAAAUACAAAUUAAUAUUUUAAUAUUUUUAUUUCAUUUGAUAAACAAAAUGUUUUAAUCUGCGUACGCUUCUA